AUGGAGUUCUCAAACGACGGCAACUCGGUCUUCCACCGGUUCCAGGCCGCCUUCGUCCACGACGGUCAAGGACAACUGCUGUACUGCAGCGGGCCGCAAAAGACCAGGGUUCAAGAGCACUGGGACUCGAUCAAACACAGCCUGCCCAGCCGCACGGUAACAGACGAGACACACUUUGGGUCUGCAAACUUGGGCGGCUCCUUUGAGGGUCUGAGGCUGUAUGAGAUGCGGAACCUCAAAUUCAACAACACUUCGGGAUUCAUUAUCGACAGCACCGCUUCACAGACCACUCUCAGCACACAGUUCGAGGAGUUCUUUGCCGAGCUGCUCCUCGACCAAGCCGACUUUGCAAUCCGCGACUCAGAGCUUAUGAAGUCACCCGCGAGUGAUUCGCUUCAGGUCACAGAUCAAAUCGUCAAUCUCUUUGACAGCUUCCUGAGGUAUCAGGGCAAAGACGACCAGUGGGAGGCCAGCGGACGCAGCUAUUUCACGGAUCGCGUCAAGCAUUUUACCUCACAACAUGCCACCAUCGAGCUCUGCUUACCGGCUUUCCCCUGCAAGUCGUCCAACACCAACAAAGUUCUCGGAAAGGCUCCCGACCGUGGCGAGCAGCUCGCAUUGGAGCGUCUUCACAGCUUCGUCGAGCAGAUUGAGAAGAUCUACCAACCCGGCGCCAAGAUGUGGGUCAUCAGUGACGGCCAUGUCUUCAGCGAUUGCAUUGGUGUCGAUGACGCCGAUGUUGACACAUACGGUGAACAACUGAAGGUGAUGAACCACGCCAUAGGUCUCCGACGCGGACAUCCCGAACGCGUUGGUUUCAAGUCGCUUGUUGAUCUCUUCGAGUUGAACGAGACAAAGACUCAGCACAAGCUUUCCGAGUUGGCAACCAAACUCGACAUUCCUUCAAUCGCUCAUCACGUUCAGACUGGCCACACCGUCGAGGCAGAAUUGUCGAGACAGAUUCUGAUGGCUGGCUGCCAACCUCAAGAGUCUGCAGUCAGAGCUAAGAUCAAGUCCCAGAAUGCAGCCAUUCUUGCACUGUAUCGCGGUUUCUCCCGCUUCAUGCUGGAAGAUCUCGAGCUGCAUCCCUUUACGCAAAAGAUGACCCGGACGCAACAAAAGAAGCUUUCUACCAAGGUGGCUUUUGAGAUGAUCAUGCGCAACCAAGCAUACUCUAACCUCGUGGAGCUCCUCUUCCCCAACUAUGUUCGCCUUUCCAUUCACGCUCAUAACAACGCCGGCCCCAAAUUUGGCAUUCAACUAUUCGAUCCUGCUGUCGUUCGCGUGGUGGAGGGUCUCUCCCCAGACGGCGUCCCGAUGACAUCCAGGGAUCUGCUGCACAUCCCCACACCUUGGCACAACUGCGUCGUCGAGAUCGAAGGCAGCCCCUACCUUCUCGUCACGAAAGCCAACAUCCCGCGCAAGGCCAUGGAACUAGGCGGGAUGACUGGUGGUGUUUCAACGGUCGGCGGUGCCUCGUUCGUCUUGCGCCCGACCAAGAACGAUGCCUCAACCGAACAGGACGAAAAGAAGGAGACGGUCGUCAUCGCUCCAGAGAGGCCCAUUGCCAGGGCCAGGGCCAUGUCUUUCAAGCCCGUCCGCGGCCAGGCGAGGUUCGACUGGACCCGUAGGCUCGCGGCUCUUCCCUUCCUCGGUUGGCUGGGCACGGUGUUUUACCACCGCUUCGUAGAGACGUUUGCUUAA